CUCAGUUAAAAAUUAAAAGUGAAACAGCAUUAAUCACCAAUAGUGACCAAACUAUUUUUUUUGAAAAUGGCAUCGAAAGUCCUGUUUUGUGCUUUUUUAACAGCUUACGUUUAUUUUGUUGCUGCAGAUAACAGUGACACGCCGAAAGAUGUAUCUCCGAUGUUUCCAUAUGUGAUGGUAAACAAAGGCCAGAAAUGCGUGCCAGAAAAAUCAUAUCAUGAUGGGUGUAACACAAACGUCUGUGCAGGCAACAGGCAAAAUGCCGAUGGGACCUGGAUACCAGUUAUCUACUCCUCUCAAAUACUCUGCAUGAACGAAAAUAAUCAGAUAAAAGCUAUGAAGGCACCUCCUGCAGACUUUUGGCAAAAUACCAUCUAUGCGAUAGACGACAAUAUGCAGAAAGUUGCGGACAACAACGUUGAAAUAUUUAACUUGCCGUAGAUUAUAGGAAAAAUUUUGAGGUUUAAGAGUAAUAGUUGAUGUUCUACCUUUUUUGACUUUGAUUUUACUCGGUUGAUACUGUAUAAAUAUUUAAACAUU